AAACCCUAUAUAACAAACGAACCGCUACUUCUGCAGGUGACUCGAGUUCAAAUUUUUGCCCCAAAACCCUGGCUACCGUGGCGGUGGCCGCUGAAGGAAGAGAAUAAAGAAGGCAACAUGAAGCUCGUCCGGUUUUUAAUGAAGUUGAACAAUGAAACCGUGUCAAUUGAGCUCAAGAAUGGCACUAUCGUUCAUGGCACCAUUACAGGUGUUGAUAUCAGUAUGAACACACAUUUGAAAGCAGUUAAACUAACUCUGAAAGGGAAAAAUCCAGUGACUCUGGAUCAUCUCAGUGUGAGGGGCAACAACAUCCGUUAUUAUAUUCUUCCUGACAGCUUGAAUCUCGAGACCUUGCUUGUUGAAGAGACACCUAGGAUCAAGCCCAAGAAGCCAACUGCUGGGAAACCCUUGGGGCGAGGGCGGGGACGCGGUCGUGGCCGAGGAAGGGGUCGUGGUCGCUGAGUCACUUUUCAUAAUUUUUGUGUCAUGCAUUUGUAAGCUAUGUAGCAAGAAGUUCAGGGUAGUUUUAGGAACAUCUGAGGAGCAUAAUUAUUAAUGUAUUCCUGGUAUUUUCUUGCAAGCACUUUGAAGUAAUAUUGUAUAACCAUCUUCAUGCAGAAAUCGAUGUAACCUGAAUUACCUAUUGUUUUAUAGUUAAUGAGGAACUGCCCAUGACUUAUAUUGGCUAUACAUUAACUCAGUAUAUGGGCGCAAGAGUUGC